GUACCUAAUAGGAAUGCUAGUGGACAUUUUAUUAUAUCAGGUCAUUGUUAAGUAUGGUCUCUUUGCUCAGUAUCUCAGGACAUUUUUACAUAUGAAUGAGAUAUCAAUUUUAGGACUUUUUCUUACUCGAUAUUGCAAGAAUCUUGUGUAGAUUCUGUCUGUAAUAAGGGAGCCUCUCUUAAGUCAACCUUUAGCAACUCUUGCCUUUCAUUUAUCCUUCUCCACUAGUUUAGUAUUGACAAUAUACUUAGCUUCAAUUAAGCUAUUGGGAGAUCGAGUUUUGGUUAAGACCAAAGAGGCAGAGGAAAAGACUUGACUUUUGAAUAUAGAGAAUUGAGAGAUGGAUGAUAGUGAAGAAUUCUCAGAAGUUCCUGAUCUAAGUAAGUGGUUUUCGAGUUAUGUCUAUGAGUCACCGAUGUUGGAUACAAGUGAUGGUCUUGAGUUUCGAAGUAAAGGUACAAAGGAAAUGGAAUUAGUCUCUUCUCAGGCUAAAGAUAUGUCUCAAUCGCAGGUUGAGUUUUCAGAAGAUAUAAUGAAUCUCGUCGUUGAGGACAGUGACAUAGAUGAAGACUGCAGUAUUUGAGGAAAACCUAAGAGAAAAGGUAGCAGUAUUUUUCGAAAACCUAAGAGAAAGGAAGAGGCUACAACAACCUAUGAAGCUGAACUAACUUACUUGAGGAAUCGAGUCCAAUAUCUAGAAACGAAGUAAGGAUUUUGCAUGAUGUCAUUAAUAACUUCCUUGGCAAAAGUAGUAUAUAGAAGUUAGGAUAUUAGUUUAAGUAUUGGAUUGAGACUUGUGUUAUGUAUGAAUUGAUUUUUGGUUUAUGAAAUGAUGUAUAUCUUUUGGAUGUUUA